CCUCUGCGCUCCCCGCAGGAACACCAUGGAGGCCCUGCCCGCCUGCCUGCUCAAGGACGUGUACCAGGAGGCUCUGGGCUCUGCAGUCAUCGGCAUUGACGAGGGCCAGUUCUUCCCAGACAUUGUGGAGUUCUGUGAGAUGAUGGCCAAUGCUGGGAAAACAGUCAUCGUUGCUGCGCUUGAUGGGACUUUCCAGAGAAAGGCUUUCGGGAACAUCCUGAACCUGGUCCCGCUGGCAGAGAGCGUGGUGAAGCUGAAUGCCGUGUGCAUGGAGUGCUACCGAGAAGCGUCCUACACGAAGAGGCUGGGAGCAGAGAGGGAGGUUGAAGUGAUUGGAGGAGCAGAUAAGUACCAUUCUGUCUGCCGAGCCUGCUACUUCUGCAAGCGGCCUCAGCAGCUUGGGUCGGAAAACAAAGAGAACGUGCCCGUGGGGGUGAAGCAGCGGGACGUGGCUGUCUCCCGGAAGAUCUUUGCUUCUUGACUGCUCAGCUCCUGCAUGGGG